AUGUUACGACGAGCAAGGAUACGGACACUAGCAGCCAUAUUGCUACUGCUCAUAGGAAACAGUAUAUGUCACGAAGAAGGUGACUUUUCGUAUCUUGCAUACAGCUAUCCAAACGGGAACAUCACACUCUACGCUUGCAGCAUGCAAGAAUGUCUGAAGUGUACUCAAAUUCAACAGAAAUCUGAUCCAUCCUGCAGGACAUUAUACCAUGCUGGACUCUCGUGCACGACGACAUAUCAUCAAUCCAACGAAUCAUUCGCCCUGCCAACGGGCUCUACUGUAACGCAGCUAUCCGCCAACGCCUCUCUUCCACCACCUCCACUAUACCAAGAAUGCAAGAAUCUCGAUGAGGGCUUCCGUUUCUUUACCUUUACUAUUGUGGAUUUGUUGCUGUUUAUAGCAUCCAGCUCUGUUAUAUAUUGGAGGCGAAGACUAAAUUUCAUAAGCACUAUUUCUGAGAUCAAGAAGCAGUGGGGACAUCAUUCAGAGUUUGGAACUGUACCCGGAAGAGUCAAACUAGUAAUCAAAUCAGUACACGGAACUCAACACUCUCACAUCGGAUUACGAGCUGGUAUACUCGGCAGUGCACCUGGAACGUCAACCUCAACCGAAUUCAAGUCACGGACAAAUCCCCAAUCGUCGACAUCUCUUCCACAAAUCAUCGAAUCUCCUGUUAUAAGUACCAAUCCCAAUAGCCCACUAUCCAUAGUCACAACACCGAUAGCAGCUGCAGCACGCGUAACCGGAUCGUCACAUCCACCAGAGUCUAUAGUAUCAGUCAGGACAGUCCCUGAUUCAGAUACUACUACAAGUAAUAUUAAUAGCAAUCCACCUACCGAACCAUCACACCCAACAACCGAACUGGCGUCAUCAGUAUCGUCACCAUCCCUCUCAAGGAGAGUGAAUUCUAUGGGACCUGCCUCCCCAUUAUCAGAUGCCGCAACACUAUCGACAGCACCAAGUGGUGGUGGUACUUUUGAUUCACUAAAGAGAGAUGGUACUCUGGAUGCAUUAAAGAAGGAUGGUACUGGGGAUACGUUAAAGAGAGAUGGUCUCACACGUAAAAGUACAGAGAGCAAGAGUGGGACACAUGCUCAACCAAAUGGCAAGGAAAAGACGUCAGACAAGCUGGAAUCAUCCAUGAUGGCAGAAGCAGCCAAAUUGAAUAGUAUGGCUAUACGCUUUCAAAAGUUUAAAGCUGUUUUGGAGUUACCGAAUAUUGAUCUGGAUCAAUUAAGGAAACUCAGUUGGAAGGGUGUGCCUGACGAGAUUAGGCCAAUGGUGUGGCAGCUUCUUAUGGGUUACUUGCCAUGUAAUUCAGAUCGUCGUGAUGCAACACUAGCCAGGAAACGGAGCGAAUACGCUGAAUAUGUGGAACAGUCGUUUGCUAAAGGCAAAGAUGGACUUGAUCAAGCAUUAUAUCAUCAGAUACACAUUGACAUACAAAGAACGAAUUCUGGAGUCCCGUUGUACCAAGACGAACGUAUUCGAGAAGCACUAGAAAGGAUAUUGUAUUGCUGGGCUAUACGACAUCCAGCAAGUGGUUAUGUGCAGGGGAUUAAUGAUUUGGUGACUCCAUUCUUUCAAGUGUUUUUAGCUGGUGAUUUGUCAAUAACGGCCGCUGAUGUUGAAACCUGUGACGUCGAAAAGAUACCGCUCCAGACGAUACAAAAUGUGGAAGCUGAUUCAUUUUGGUGUUUGACGAAACUGUUGGAUGGUAUACAAGACAAUUAUACAUUUGCACAACCUGGUAUACAGCGGCAGAUUACUAAAUUGAAGGAGCUGAUUAACAGAAUUGAUGGUCCACUAGCACUACAUUUACAAUUACAAGGAGUAGAAUUCAUUCAGUUUGCUUUCCGAUGGAUGAAUUGUUUAUUAAUGAGAGAGCUAUCCAUCAAGAAUAUUAUACGAAUGUGGGAUACGUAUCAGGCCGAAGGUGCAGAUGGCUUCUCAGACUUCCAUCUAUACGUGUGUGCCUCAUUCUUGGGCAUGUGGUCUGAGCAGUUACGAAAGAUGGAGUUUCAGGACAUUAUGAUGUUCCUGCAAGCCCUCCCAACAUCAAACUGGGAAGAAAAGGAUAUCGAGCUGCUCUUAUCACAGGGAUUUUAUUGGAAGUCGCUCUUCCAUGAUUCGCCAAGUCAUUUGCAGAAUACGAAUACUGCGUCUCCGUCUACAUAG